CCGCGGAAGCUCAGGAAAGAUGAGAGGCGUCCGCGACGGUGGCAUGGCGAGCCUCCUCGCCUUGGCGCUCCUCUAUUUGCUCCAUGCAUCAUAUCCUGUGAACGGUGCAGGAAAUCUGAAGUGCUAUUGCGAUAUAUGCCCGAAAACAAAUUACACUUGCGAAACCGAUGGUUAUUGUUUUGCCAGUACGAGCCUGAAAAAUAACGUCAUUUCGUAUGCUCGAAGGUGUUACAAUAAGAUGAACUUCUUUCCGGAUACUGAGUACUCUGUCUGGUGCACCACAAACAGUACGCUGCGCGGUCGAGAUGGCAUCGAAUUCGUGGUCGCUUGUUGCGAUCAUUCUGACUACUGCAAUCGCGAUCUAAGGCCUUCCUUUCCUACUUACGAGUCCAGAGGUCGGUCGAAUUCUCGCUUUGUGAACCACCUCGGAGGAGUAUCGUCGAGUGGUGAUGACGCAACAUGGGUUACCUGGAAAAUGGCCUUGACGAUAGCAGUACCAAUAUGCGCGAUCUGCGUGGUCGUAAUGGCAAUCUAUCACAUACACAUGACCAAAAAGAGGCCGGCUAGGCACUUUCCGGAUGACUCGCUGGAGGCCCCGGACCGACCAAUUCUGGGCGGCGUCACUAUCAGGGAUAUGUUGGAGAUGACUACGAGUGGUAGUGGCUCAGUAGGCCUGCCACUUCUGGUACAACGGAGUAUAGCGCGCCAGAUUCAGCUGGUAGAAACGAUCGGAAAAGGCCGCUUCGGCGAGGUCUGGCGCGGUCGUUGGCGCGGCGAAAAUGUUGCUGUGAAGAUCUUCAGCUCGCGAGAGGAGAGAUCCUGGUUCCGAGAAGCCGAAAUUUAUCAGACAGUGAUGCUGAGGCAUGACAAUAUUUUAGGUUUUAUCGCUGCCGAUAACAAAGAUAACGGCACGUGGACACAGCUAUGGUUGAUAACGGAUUAUCACGAGAAGGGCUCUCUCUUCGAUUACCUCAACAGAUCGACCGUCGACACGAACGGUAUGAUAAGGAUGGCCUUGUCGAUCGCCACUGGCUUGGCACAUCUUCACAUGGAAAUAGUCGGCACGCAAGGCAAGCCGGCCAUCGCUCAUCGGGACCUGAAGUCAAAAAAUAUCCUUGUGAAGACUAAUGGUACCUGCGCCAUAGGCGACCUCGGAUUGGCCGCCAGGCACGACGUAAUCACGGAUACCGUCGACAUUCAGCUCAACAACAGAGUCGGCACGAAGAGAUACAUGGCGCCUGAGGUUCUUGAAGAGACGAUAAAUAUGAAUCACUUCGACUCGUUCAAGAGGGCCGAUGUGUAUGCACUCGGUCUAAUUCUUUGGGAGAUUGCUAGACGUUGUAAUGUCGGUGGAAUUCACGACGAGUAUCAAUUGCCCUUUUACGACUUGGUGCCUUCCGAUCCAACUAUCGAGGAAAUGCGGAAAGUCGUGUGUACUGAUCGACAGCGGCCAUCGAUACCGAAUCGGUGGCAGUCAAUCGAAGCUCUGCAAGUAAUGUCGAAAGUAAUGAAGGAAUGUUGGUAUCACAAUGCCGCCGCCAGGCUAACCGCACUCAGGAUCAAGAAAUCGCUCGCUAAUUAUGGCGCUAUAGACGACCUGAAAUAGAUUAAGCUGUUGCCGAGCUCUUCAAUAGAAAAGCGAUAAAAGUCGAUUGAAUCAUAUACGCGAAUGUUGCUAUUUUGAAAUUUGACGCGAUAGAGCUUCCGGCAGGAUGAAGAAAUAUUUCGCGUAGUCGAGAAGAAUCUGGAACAGACUAAAUGGAGUUACGAGAUUCUUUCUUAUGUGAGAUUGGCCUCGAUCGAAUAAAAUACUGUAUGAGUAGAAUUGAUAUCGCUUUGCAGAAUUGUAAGAGAUAAAAGAUAGAAUGGAUUUUUACGCGUGUUGAUUGUUUCGAUGGGUAGCAUGCGAGCUAUAGGAGAAAAACAUUAUUUCAGUCCUAAUAUAUCGCGACCUGAUGAUCAUUCUGUUGAAUGAAUCAACAGGUAAUCACAAUAACGCGUUCGGUUAAUCGAACGAUCACUCAAUUACACGCCACUUACAUUGACACACGCGAACACAUUACACAUAAAAAAAGAAUACAAAAAAGUCGCUGCAUAUUUAUUAUCAUAACAUUAAGAUAAUGAAGUAUACAAAUUUAUUAUAUAGCAACAUUUAUUGAUUAAUACUAAUGAGAAACAGUAUUCGCAUAUACACAUGUAUAUAAUUAUAUAUUACACACACACACACACACACACACACAC